AUGUGUCUGUACGGGGGCGUGUGUCUGUACGGGGGCGUGUCUCUGUACGGGGGCGUGUCUCUGUACGGGGGCAUGUGUCUGUACGGGGGCGUGUGUCUGUCUGUGUACGGGGGCGUGUGUCUGUCUGUGUACGGGGGCGUGUCUCUGUACGGGGGCGUGUCUCUGUACGGGGGCGUGUGUCUCUGUACGGGGGCGUGUCUGUGUACGGGGGCGUGUCUCUGUACGGGGGCGUGUCUCUGCCCCCGUACACAGUCGGAUAUCGUGGAAAAAAUUCUUAAUGUGACGGACGAUAAUUGCCUUCAUUUCCUGGACCACCGCGGCUCUGGGGAGGGCGACGGCGCCUCUGGGGAAGGCGACGGCGCCUCUGGGGAAGGCGACGGCGCCUCUGGGGAGGGCGACGGCGCCUCUGGGGAAGGCGACGGCGCCUCUGGGGAGGGCGACGGCGCCUCUGGGGAGGGCGACGGCGCCUCUGGGGAGGGCGACGGCGCCUCUGGGGAGGGCGACGGCGCCUCUGGGGAGGGCGACGGCGCCUCUGGGGAGGGCGACGGCGCCUCUGGGGAGGGCGACGGCGCCUCUGGGGAGGCCGACGGCGCCUCUGGGGAGGCCGACGGCGCCUCUGGGGAGGCCGACGGCGCCUCUGGGGAGGCCGACGGCGCCUCUGGGGAGGCCGACGGCGCCUCUGGGGAGGCCGACGGCGCCUCUGGGGAGGCCGACGGCGCCUCUGGGGAGGCCGGCGGCGCCUCUGGGGAGGCCGGCGGUGGCUCUGGGGAGGCCGGCGGUGGCUCUGGGGAGGCCGGCGGUGGCUCUGGGGAGGCCGGCGGUGGCUCUGGGGAGGCCGACGGCGCCUCUGGGGAGGCCGCCGGCGCCUCUGGGGAGGCCGGCGGCGCCUCUGGGGAGGCCGGCGGUGGCUCUGGGGAGGCCGGCGGUGGCUCUGGGGAGGCCGGCGGUGGCUCUGGGGAGGCCGGCGGUGGCUCUGGGAGGCUGGCGGUGGCUCUGGGGAGGCUGGCGGUGGCUCUGGGGAGGCUGACGGUGGCUCUGGGAGGCUGA